GGAGGAGGUGCAGGCGGCGCCAGGGAGAUGCAGGCGCACGGAGGAGGCCGCCUGAUCAGGUGCCUGAAGGGGCGGCUGAAGCGGCGGCGGGCAGGACUCGCGUGGAGGCUCCACAGCACGGACCCUGCUGCGCUGACAGGGAAGCGUAGGCGUCGGCGGCAUCCGUGGCGGCCUUGGUGGUGCUGCGGAGACCAAGACGGCGGGCGCAGAGAUGAGUGCGUCGUGGCGGCCCCUCGGGUGGCUGGAGCGGCAGCGGUCGGAGGGGAGCACACGGCGGCCCUGCGGCAGCGGGCGGGACCCCCUGGACGCUCCCCUGCGCGGACCCGUGGCGCUCGUGCACCGGGAGGAGGCGGCGCACCGUGAGAUGGUCCCUGGCCAGGUGAAAACUUCCUCAGAACUUUUUAGUAAGUCUGAGAAAGAAGACACUGAGAUUCCUAAUAGCCAUGGAAGAGAGACAGAGCCGCUAGAAGAAUCUACUGACCUGGAGGAGAUCAUGAGUGCAGGAGAUGACUGUUGCCUGAUAACUCUCCCCUUGAAUGACCAGUCUGCACCGCCUCAAAGAAAUACAGCUGAGAGUCCAUCUGAAAAACUGAAACUGGAUGAUACACAACAAGAAAUUACUUCAAAACAUGAGCAUUCUUCUGAUUUACAAGAACCAUCAGUUAAAAUUCAGUCUCCUAAAUUAAGUGGCAAAUCUAGGGCAGAUUCUGCUUCCAGGGAUGACAGAAAGCAAGAAACAAGUGUGUCGUUUAAUUACAGGAAACAUCUCUUCUCUGAGAGUAGUCAAGAUUCAAGUACCAGUACCAGUGAACUAUCUUGGACCAGUAACCAAAAGAAGAAAUCCCUAAAAUCAUACUCUAGUGGAAAAAAGAUAAGAACCAGGAGUAGUAUAAGAAUCUUGCCACUUUUCCCUCUCAGUAGUGGCAGUGACCAUGACCACAAGAAAGACCAAGCUAAACUUCUAAGACCAUUACGGAAAGACGUGUCCAGGCAAAAUGACACCAUGCCUCCGCAAAUUUCUGAAACAAAAUUCCCAAGUAGUUCUACCUUUUUAACUCUUGAAGAUUCUGCGAAAAAAACAGUAUCUAUUGAAGAAAGUGUGAAGAAGCAAGACGACUCAAAUGAUGACCUAUAGCAGGCGAUGGUAAACUUUUGUCUGUGAAGGACCGGAUAGCCUUCGAGGUCCUCACCCACUAAGCAAGUUCUCUUCCUCAGAGCACUCAGAAGAUGAAGAAAAUAUAUAUAAGGCACUACUUAAUUGUUGAUUGUGAACCAAGAGUCAUUACUGGAGAGUACUAGCUUCAAACAUACGCUGCAAAACUUGGAAGAUAGAGACUCAAUAAGCUAGAGAAGUUUCAGAAUUUUGUUCUUCAAGGGUUGAGUAAUCUUGAGAAGGAUAUUCAGCCCCUGGAACACCUUGAAAAGGACGCUCUGGAGUUCGAGGGGAAACAGUCUGCUGAUCUGAAAUUGUUCUGUGAUCUGCAAGUGCUGAGGCUUAAUCCAAUGCAGCUUUCAUAAGGAAAACCGAAGCCUGGUUUGAUUAUUGCAUCCCUGAGCUUCUGUGUUGAAAAUUGGUUUGAGGAGUGAAGAAUAGAAGAGGUGAACCCAGCUGGAAGGCUUUUGGAGUCCAAGAUGGUGGCUCUAAGCAGGAGAGUAGCAGUAGAGAAGUCUGAACGCCCAAAGAGGAAGAUAAAAAGCAAGUUUGCUGUUGGCUCAGCCACACAAGCCGUCCUUUGGGGCUCUGUGCUCAUUCAUUUUGCUCCACUCCAAACAGAAUCCCUGGGAACUGCAGAGCUGGAAUAGAAUAUAGCAUGUUGGUAGUUGUAAUUGUGUUAUUAUCCAUUUGUUCAUAAAAGUUAACCUUUAGUAUUAAAAUUUGGUCUGAUAGUAAAAAGUUCAGGAUAUUCAGCAA